UCAGUUUGUGUUCAGCAACGCUCGAGUACGUUACGAAGUCGAAAUAAAUAAAACCGAAAACCGAAACAGAUAUUUGAACUAAAGCGAAAAUAACCACAAAAACAGUAGCAACAAAUUCUUGAAUCGUAUAUUAUUUUGGCAAUUUUCUAGCAAUUUAACGAGCGCAACGGCUGUCACUUUAACUCAAUUAACGAUCAGCGAACAACGAAAACAAACACCCCCUCUACCCCGAGUCCCCCAACCCCCCACGCCCGCACAAUCGUAACGCUCGCGUUGAGUUGUUGUGCUUUUUGCCAACGUCUACGCAGAUGUUUUGAAAGUCCUGCCGCACAGGCUGUAAAUCGAGCAAGGACUGUUUGCCUUUGAAACGGCUAGCCCGGUGCUAACUGAAAGUUUUUUAUUGUGCAAAUCAAAGUUGAAAAAGUCGAAAGCUAAAAAGGGCGACAACAGCGGCAACAGAGGCACAGACACAACCGUUUGUGGUUGCCUUUCAGGGAAAAUUCAGGUACAAGAAGAAGAAGAUAACGGGACCCUGCGCACCGGUACGCAUAAUACGCACACUUAACAUGGCCGGCAGCAUCGAGCAGCGCCCCUGGACGCCCACAGUGCGCACGGGCCGCAUUGCGGCGGAGACGACCAAUCCGGGUCCGGCAAUUGUCCAGCUGCCCACGUUAAUCGGCAGCAAGGUGCCGGACUCGAAGAAGAAGGGCGCACCCUCGUAUUCGUUUGGCCACAAACUGAUCAACAGGGAUGAGACGACGGGUCCUGGCCCGGCACAGUACAAUGUGGCCGGGAUGCGACCGAAGGGCAAGGAUCAUGCACGCGCCGCCACACUGCAAAGUCGUCCCAAGGAGUUGACCACCUUUGUGAAUCCCGGACCCGGGGAAUACGACGUGUUGCCAGCCUCCAAGGCUGUCAUCGAUGCCACGCCCAAAUACACAUUCGGCAGGAAGCCGGCCAGCGCCAAGUACCAGCUGAUACCGGGUCCCAACCAUUAUCAAGUGGUGCCGCUUGAUGUCAUUAAGCCGCGUGCGCCUCGUUAUUCCUUUCGCAUUAAGGUUAACGUUUAUCUAGUUAACAAUCCAGCGCCAAAUAGCUAUUGUCCUGAAAAGUACACGCAAUCAAGAAAGAAUUCGCCACGUUUCACAUUUGGUAGACGAACUAAAAUCCAACACGAUCAGCAUACACCAGCUCCUGGCGCCUAUUCUCCCGAGAAGGUCAACCCCAGCAAGACGCCGGAGUUUAGUUUCGGCAUCAAACAUCAUGAGCUGCGGCCUGACUAUACGCCAGCACCUGGCUCCUACAAGCCCGAGCAAGUAGUUCUAGAGCACACACCCGCCUAUAGUUUUGGCCUAAAGACGCAGCACACACAGCACAAUGACUCGCCAGCACCUGGCACAUACAGUCCUGAAAAGUCUAAACUGCACACGACACCCGCUUUUAGCAUUGCCGGCAAGUCCAAUCACGAUGUUGUUGAUGCCACGCCAGCGCCCGGCGCAUACGAGCCAGAGAAAUGCAUUUUGAACAAAACACCUGCCUUCAGCUUUGGGCAUCGUGUGCAGACGACCAAAUCGCAAGAUACACCUGCACCCGGCACCUAUCAGCCGGAGAAGAUGCGCUUGGAUAGUGGGCCCGCCUACACGCUAUCCGGCCGACAUGAACUGAAAUCCGUAAGCCUAACGCCGGCGCCCGGCUCGUAUGCCCCGGAGAAAUAUCGCAGUGAUCACACGCCAGCGUUCAGCUUCGCUGGUAAGCAUGAGCAUCGCAUUGAUAGCUCCACCCCGGCACCAGGCGACUACAGUCCCGAAAAAGUACGGCACGAUCACAAUCCAGCUUACUCAUUUGCCGGACGCCAUGACGUACAUAAGACGAGCGACACUCCCGCACCAGGCGCCUAUGAGACCGAAAAGGUGCGACUAGACCACAAUCCCGCCUUCUCCUUUGCCGGCCGCCAUGAUCUUCAGAAGCCAAGCGAUACCCCAGCUCCCGGAGCAUACUCUCCUGAAAAAGUCCGUCAGGAUCACAAUCCCGCAUUCACUAUGGCUGGCAAGCAUGAGGUUAAAAUGACAAAUGGUACGCCGGCUCCUGGGGAUUACUCUCCUGAGAAGUCCCGACUCGAUCAUGCUCCUGCUUAUACCUUUGGUGGCAAGAAUGAUCCCAAGGUGGAAAACCAUACCCCUGCUCCCGGUGACUAUCACCCUGAGAAGGUCAGACAAGACCACAAUCCCGCCUUUUCCUUUGCUGGUCGUCACGAUCUUCAGAAGCCCAGCGACACUCCGGCUCCAGGCGCAUAUGCCCCUGAAAAGGUUCGACAAGAUCACAAUCCCGCAUUCUCAAUGGGUGGAAAACACAACCCUAAGAUUUCGAACGAUACUCCAGCGCCCGGAGAUUAUUGUCCCGAGAAGGUCCGUUUGGAUCACACACCCGCUUACACUUUUGGUGGAAGAAAUGAUCCCAAAGUAGAGAAUCAUACGCCUGCCCCAGGAGAUUACCAUCCAGAGAAGGUCAGACAGGAUCACAAUCCCGCUUUCUCCUUUGCUGGUCGCCAUGAUCUUCAGAAGCCAUCCGAUACCCCAGCACCUGGAGCUUACUCCCCUGAAAAAGUGCGACAGGAUCAUAAUCCCGCAUUCUCUAUGGCUGGAAAGCACGAUCCAAAGAUUUCAAAUGGCACGCCAGCUCCUGGUGAUUAUUCUCCCGAGAAGACCCGAUUGGAUCACACACCCUCCUUUUCCUUUGCUGGUCGUCAUGACCUCCAGAAGCCAAGCGAUACCCCAGCUCCCGGAGCAUACUCUCCUGAGAAAGUUCGCCACGAUCACAAUCCCGCAUUCACUAUGGCUGGCAAGCAUGAGGUUAAAAUGACAAAUGGCACACCAGCUCCUGGGGAUUACUCUCCUGAGAAGUCCCGACUCGAUCAUGCUCCUGCUUAUACCUUUGGUGGCAAGAAUGAUCCCAAGGUGGAAAACCAUACCCCUGCUCCCGGUGAUUAUCACCCUGAGAAGGUCAGACAAGACCAUAAUCCCGCCUUUUCAUUUGCUGGUCGUCAUGACCUUCAAAAGCCAAGCGAUACCCCAGCUCCUGGAGCUUACUCCCCUGAAAAAGUCCGUCAGGAUCACAAUCCCGCAUUCACUAUGGCUGGCAAGCACGAGGUGAAGAUCACAAAUGGCACGCCGGCACCUGGGGAUUACUCGCCUGAGAAGACCCGAUUGGACCAUAUACCCGCCUACACCUUUGGGGGAAGGAAUGAUCCUAAGGUAGAGAAUCAUUCGCCCGCUCCUGGUGAUUAUCACCCUGAGAAGGUCAGACUAGAUCACAUUCCCGCCUUUUCCUUUGCCGGACGUCACGAUCUUCAUAAGCCAAGCGAAACUCCAGCUCCUGGAGCUUACUCCCCUGAAAAAGUCCGUCAGGAUCACAAUCCCGCAUUCACUAUGGCUGGCAAGCACGAGGUGAAGAUCACAAAUGGCACGCCGGCACCCGGAGACUACUCGCCGGAGAAGACACGACUGGAUCAUGCACCUGCUUACACAUUUGGUGGCAAAUACGACCCCAAGGUGGAGAACCAUCAUCCAGCGCCGUGCGACUAUGCGCCCGAGAAAUUCCGGCUUGACCAUACACCCGCCUACACAAUUACAGGUCGCUCGACCAUCGAGCAUGUCAGCCAUACUCCGGCGCCCUGCGACUACAGGCCGGAGAACUGUCAGCUGGAUGCCUCGCCAGGCUUCACCUUUGGCAUGAAGCUGAAACGGGAGCAUGUCAGUGAUACACCAGCACCCACUGCAUACGAACCGGAAAAGCACACCCAACACCCAACUCCAGCCUACACGUUCGGCACUCGAACUGAGAUCAAGGUCUCCAGCGAUGCACCCGCUCCCGGACGCUAUCAUCCGGAGCAAUGCAAUCUGGAUAGCUCGCCGGCAUAUAGUUUCGGCCUCAAGACCUUACCAAUGCCGCCCAUACCAGAGCCAAGAGGCGCUUACAUUGAAGAUCGCAUAGUGCAAAGACGUGAAAGACGUUUGGCUAGUCCCGUACGCAACGCUGUCGACGGCAACAGCUCCUCGACGACAACGACAACAACAACAACAAUAACAACUGAGAAGCGUCUUGUGAAUGGCGCUCCGCUGCCCGAGCUGGGCAGUCAGGAGCAGGCGACAACAAGCACGACCAGGCGCAGCACCAAUCGCACCGAGCUUUCACCCACAACAACCACAACAAAAACAACAAAAGUAGUGAGCACCACUUUAGGCAACGAUCAGUCCAAGUUGAGCCACAGCACAGAGCACCACUCGGCACAGGUACAGUCACAGGCCAGGUGCGACAAUCUGCAGGUAAUUGCCGCCGGUCGAGCGGAGGCAAGCACCACCAAGGCGGCGCAGACGAGUACGCGCCAGGUGGUGCAGCCGGAUGGGGCGAUUGUGAGCAGUGGCCAGGCGAUCAGGUCGAGUACCGUCAAGUACGCUGUGGAGGCAAGCAGCGUGCAGGAGAAGAUCAUCAGCUCCUAAUGUCUACAAGAUACCCACUGUCUUGGGCAGCAGCAAGGAGGGUCCCAUACGUUCAGCGCCCGCUUUUACCAUGACCGGACGCAUGCA